AUGGCAGCGAUGAGUCCGAACAACGAUGGAAGGCUUUUCAUUGUCGCUAACAGGCUCCCGGUGAGCAUCACGCAGACGGAAGAUGGCGAAUUCAAAUACACUAUGGCCUCUGGAGGCCUGGUAUCUGCUCUUCAAGGCCUGUCGAAAUCGAUGGAAUUUCAAUGGUUCGGCUGGCCUGGCACGGAGAUUCACAGAAACGAUAGGGAAAUGGUCAGACAAGAACUGGCCACCCGGUUCCACGCAGUGCCAGUUUUUCUGCCCAAAGAAACUGCGGAAAGGCAUUACAAUGGGUUCUCGAAUUCUGUCCUUUGGCCACUUCUGCACGGCCUACCAUCCAGAGCCGAGUUCAACGAGAGUUGGGCCAACGCUUAUCGAGAAGUCAACGAGGUGUUUGCAGACAAUAUCGUGCCGUUUGUUGAAGAUGGAGAUAUAAUAUGGAUCCACGACUAUCACUUGUUGCUGCUGCCGGCCGUGCUUCGAAAACGAUUGGAGAAACGGAGAAGAGUUCGUAUUGGAUUUUUCUUACAUACUCCGUUUCCCAGCGAUGACUCUUUCGCCGUCCUACCUUUACGCGAAGAAAUUUGCGACGGUCUACUUAGCUGUAAUCUGGUUGGUCUGCACGUGAGAGAAUAUGUCGAGAAACUUCUCGAUUCCGCGGCAAAAGUCCUUCCGGGUGUUCGACGAUCACCGAGCGACCUGCAUUAUAACGGCCGCAAAUUAAUCGUGCAAGAAUUUCCCAUUGGAAUUGCACCCGAUGACUUUCGAGAUUCACUUGCAUCUGAAGCUACUCAGAGCCAGAUGAGGCUCCUGUCUCGAGAGUUUCGCGGCAAGGAGAUCAUUUUAGGCAUAGAUCGGUUGGACUACAUCAAGGGAAUUCCGCAAAAGUUGCGCGCUUUCGAAAAGUUGUUGGCUGAUCACCCGGAGGUGAAGGAGAAGGUUACUUUGAUUCAAGUUGCAAUCCCGACCAGGGGGGACGUCGAAGAAUAUAAAACACUUCGCAGACAGGUGGAAGAAAUGAUAGGGAUGAUAAACGGCAAGCACGGGACCUUAACUUACACCCCAAUCCGGUAUCUCUAUCGCUCGCUAAAUUUAGAACAACUUCACGCAUUGUACGCCAUAUCUGACCUGUGCGUGGUAUCUUCAAUUCAGGAUGGUCUGAACUUGGUCUGCUAUGAGUACAUUGCUAGCCAGCAGCUCAACCCUAAAGGCGUGCUAGUUCUGUCGCAGUAUACGGGUGCGGCAAAGAUGCUACCGUCGGCUGUUCUCUUCAACCCCUGGGAUAUUCCUCGCUUCACGGAGGCGAUCUUUACCGCAUUAAAAAUGCCAUUACAAGAUCGCCAGAGCAGACUCGAGGACGCGGCUAAAACAGUGAAUACAUUGACGAGGCAAGUAUUCUCUUUUAUUUCACAAGAUUGA